GUAUAGUUUCACUUCCAACCGGCAGUGAGGUUUAACAGGUAACCCGUUUAACUGUAGCCGUGUGUCAAACUAACCAAAAGAGAUUGAAUUUGGCUAAACUCAGAUUCAGCAAUGUCAAAAGCGGUCAAUCCUAAUUUUGUGAAUAAACGGUUUUUAAAUCGACGGCAAAAAUCAAUAGCAGUAGGCCGCGAAAUAAAGACAUGCACCAGAGGACAUCGACGGCUAGUGGGCGGCCGUCCGGAACCGAUGGCUCCGACUACUCAUUCCGCAUGGUGGGGACUCAAGUAGGUUUAACAUUUCAUGUUUAACCGUCCAGCAAUGAGUUCUUCAUUUUUUAAUUAGGGUACCAAAAAGUUGCUAAAGGAAAAUCUCAACUUUCGAAGAUAAUCUUCAUUCAGUUGUUCAACCGAUAAUAGCAGCACUCUCAUUUAUUGUAGCAGUGAAGACACAGACAUUUGAAAGAUGUGCUUUCUGCUCUGCUGCAAAAGGCUUCAUCUCUCUUAUAAUUGGAGAAUUAGGUUUAUAUACUACGUAUGAUUUUUUUAUCCUCCCAUGCUUGCCCUUCAUAGGUAAUGACAUAAUGCUUGUACAAUUUUUAUUUGGGGAAUUUUGAGCUUGCACCCUACUUUUUGGGUGAUAUUGGACUUUGCACCCCAUUUUCAAAACUUUUAGACUUUGCACCCUAUCUACAACAUUUUGUGAAGAAAAAAUCCUGAAUGAGGUGCAAAGGCAAAGACAUUUCAAGGAAAAUAGAGUGCAAAGUCUAAGAAUUUUGAAAAUGGGGUGCAAAAUCCAAUAUCACCCAAAAAGCGGGGUGCAAAGUCAAAAUAUCCCUUUUUAUUUCCAUUAGUUGUGUGCUGAAGGUCGAAAGCGUAGCAGAUCAAACUUUUUAAAGUUGUGCUGUUUCCUGCUACAUGUUUUGCCAUGAGCCAGAAUACUUUGGAGGUAAAUAUAUGUGAUUGUUUACUGCUCUGUACUCUAGUGAUUUUAAUACUUGUGUUGAAAUAUAAAUUAGAAUAAUAUUUAAGAUGGAGAGAAUGAUUUUCUGUGAAUUUCAUUGAAGGGUAAAGCCCUAUAAAUAUAGAUUACAAAGAUAGAAUAUUCCUAUAAAAGAUGCUAUACAAUAAUACUAUAUAUGGUAUAUUCCUAAUAUAUUCUAAAGCAUAUUCUAAAGUAUAUUCUAAUAUACUUUCACACUCCCCCUCAAGUUGGAGCAUAGAUAUUUAUCAUGCCCAACUUGUUACAUAAAUAACCAACUCGAAUUCCAUUUAGUGCUUUAGUGAACAAAUCUCCAAGUUGUUCCCCAGUCUUCACAUAUCCUGUAGAGAUCAAUCCUUUUUGUAUCUUCUCUCGAAUAAAAUGACAAUCGACCUCAAUAUGCUUUGUUCUCUCAUGAAAUACAGGAUUGUUUGCUAUGUGUAUAGCAGCUUGGUUAUCACACCACAAUUUAGCAGGCAUUGAUGUCUUCAGUCCGAGCUCGGUCAAUAAAUGGCUUAUCCAUAUGAUCUCACAUGCAGAUUGUGCCAUAGCUCGAUAUUCUGAUUCGGCACUCGAACGAGAAACCACAUUCUGCUUCUUACUCUUCCAAGAUACAAGAUUACCACCAACAAAGACACAAUAACCAGAUGUAGAUCUUCGAUCAUCUUUAGAACCGGCCCAAUCAACAUCUGCAAAACAUUCAAUUCUCAUGUGAUCAUGGUUUUGAUAAACAAUACCUCGUCCUGGUGCACCCUUUAAGUAACAUAAUAUGUGUUCUACUGCAGCCCAAUGAUCAAUGGUUAGAGAUGACAUGUAUCGACUCACUACACUCACAGAAUAGGCAAUAUCUGGACGAGUGACUGCGAGAUAAUUAAGCUUUCCAACCAGUCUUCUAUACCUUUCUGGGUCUUCAAACGGUGUGCCUUCUUGAGUGAGUUGCACGUUGGGAACCAUGGGUGUUGUACUUGAUUUUGGCCCAAAUUUCUCUGUCUCAGCUAGUAAGUCAAGUACAUAUUUACGUUGAGAUAGAAAUAUGCCUUUCUUACUUCGUGUUACCUCAAUUCCCAGAAAGUAUUUCAAAGAGCCAAGAUCUUUCGUCUGGAAUUGACUAUGCAGAAAAUUCUUAAGGGCCAAAAUACCUGCAUUAUCACUCCCUAUAAUCACAAUAUCAUCAACAUACACCACAAGCAAUGUGACACCUGAUUCUGUUUGUUUGUAAAAGACAGAGUGAUCUGAUUUGCCUUUUAUCAUUCCAAAUUGUUCAAUUGAUUGACUGAAUUUCCCAAACCAUGCACGAGGACUCUGUUUCAGACCAUAAAGAGAUUUGCGAAGUCGACAAACUUUACCAUACUCCCCCUGAGCAACAAAUCCCGGAGGUUGCUCAAUAUAGACUUCUUCCUUAAGGUCACCAUGCAAAAAUGCAUUUUUUAUGUCCAACUGAUGUAAGUGCCAAUCAUGAGUUGCAGCGAGUGAAAUAAGUAACCUGACAGAUGUUAAUUUAGCAACAGGAGAAAAAGUGUCAGAAUAAUCAACACCAUAGGUUUGAGCAUAACCCUUCGCAACUAAUCGGGCUUUCAACCGAGCAACAGAUCCGUCUGGGUUAACCUUAACAGCAAAGACCCACUUACAUCCAAUAGAUUUCUUCCCUGUAGGCAAGUCAACCAAAUCCCAUGUACCAUUAAGAUCUAAAGCAUUCAUUUCCUCUACCAUGGCAUGACGCCAUUCAGGAUGAGACAAAGCUUCUUUGACAGAUUUGGGAACAGAAAUAGAAUCAAUGGAAGCAAUAAAAGAACAUGAAGCAGGAGAUAACUGAUUGUACGACACAAAUGAAGAAAUAGGAUGAGUACAAGACCGUGUACCUUUACGUAGUGCUAUUGGGAGGUCAAGAUCUGAUGCGGAGACAAGAUCUGAAGUUGCAGGUACCGGUUCAGGACAUGAGAUCGAAGUCGAACUAGUAUCAGGAUAAGUAAUCACAGGUAUCGCCGGUGGAGGGUGAUCAGGUGCUUUGUGUCGACGGGUGUAUACCAAAUGUACGGGAGGCCUAGGGUCAGGAACGGUAACUUGUGGAAUAUUUGUCGAAAGUGUGGACUCGGGAAUAAUCAUCAUGUAAAUGAGUAUAUCAUCAUUACUCUCAUGAAUAUCUGCCUUAGAUGAUGAAAAAGGUGUAUUUUCAUGAAAUGAUGCAUCAAUAGAAACAAGAUAUCGACCAGUACUCGGACAAAAACAUCUAUACCCCUUUUGGGCUCGAGAAUAACCCAAGAAAAUACAUUUUAAUGAUUUGGGAUCUAACUUUGUAAGAUGAGGAUUAACAUCUCUAACAAAACAAGUGCAACCAAAUAUUUUAGGUGGGAUAGGAAAAAACUCUUUGUUUGGAAAUAGACAAUGAUAAGGAGCUUUACCAUUCAAAACAGAAGAUGGCAUUCGAUUUAUCAAAAAACAUGCAGUAGACACGGCAUCUGCCCAAAACUGUUUAGGCACAUUCAUUUGGAAUAGAAGAGCCCUUGCAGUUUCUAACAGAUGUCGGUUCUUUCGUUCUGCAACUCCAUUUUGAGGAGGUGUGUCAACGCAUGAAGUUUGAUGAAUAAUGCCAUGUUGAAGCAUAAAUGACUUAAAUGUAGCAGAUAGAUAUUCUUGGGCAUUGUCUCCUCUUAACACCCGAACAGGAACGUUAAACUGAGUUUUAAUUUCAGCACAAAAGGAAGAAAAAUGAGUGAACAACUCAGAUCGACGUUUCAUGAAAUACAGCCAUGUCAUAUGGGAAUAGUCAUCAACAAAGGUAACAAAAUAUUUAAAACCAGCUUUAGACACAACCGGGCAAGCACCCCAAACAUCGGAGUGAACAAGGUCAAAUGGAGCAUUUGCUCGUUUAUUAACUCGCGGGCUUAAGCUAGUACGAUGGUGUUUCGCAAAUUGACAUGACUCACAUUGUAAAGAGGUCAUCUUAUUAAAUUGGGGAUUGAUUUGCUUCAUUAAUGGGAGAGAUGGAUGUCCUAAUCGGUAAUGAGCAUCUAACAAAGUCCCAACCCCAAGACAAGAGAUACCUUUUGUGAUGGAUGUAUCCAAAAUAUAAAGACCAGCUGACUCAUGUCCUUUACCAAUAAUCUGCUUCGUUAACAGAUCCUGAAACACACAAUAUCCAGGAAAAAAUGUUACAAAACAAUUAAGAGUACGAGUGAUUUUACUGAUGGAAAGCAGAUUAAAUGCAAAAUUAGGAAGACUCAAAACAGACGAUAAUGGUAAUGUAGAAGUUGGAACAACGGUACCAGAUCCAAGAACGGGUGAGGUAGAUCCAUCAGCUAAAGUGACACUAGAAGUAGGUAAAUAUGAAUGAAAUGACGAGAAUAGACUAGGAUUACCGGUCAUAUGGUCUGUGGCACCUGAGUCAAUGACCCAUUUCGAGGAUGAUGAAACAAGACAUGUGUUUGAGAUACCUGAAUUGGCGAUUACCGAGGUAGGAGCAAAAGAAUGCUUUAGAGAUUCUUUGUAGCACAUAACUUUGGCAUCAGAUGAAGUGGUAACGGAAGCUAGAGUAGUCGAAUUUCCUUGAUUUUUGAAUGCCAAUUUUCUACAUUCUUUGAUCAAGUGUCCGGGCUUCUUGCAGUAAUUGCAUAUUAUUCCUCUGUCAACUUGACCCGUACAAGACAAUUUUUUUUAAUGAGUCAGCAAGUAGAUAGAAAAAUGAGAUGAUUAGUGAAAACUUACAGCAACUUCCCCUUUUGUGGACUCAAUUUCGAAACUAAAAUAUCCAGCUUGCACUCAAAAGUUACGGCGUUGACUCCAGAGUUAUGCGAGACCCCAGCACGUGCGAACAAAUUAGUGAAGGAGCGGAGCGGAAGUGAGAACGCCUUCAACGACCAGAAGAACUAAAUUCGUCUCCUACGGCGGAGUUGGUGGCAUGAGUGGAAUCGGAAGUAACGGACUCCCCUUCGGCGGCUUUGCCAGCGGCGCGGAUGUCCACAGAUAUGCGCGACCCCAGCAGAUUGCGAACAACUAGACGAAGGAGCGGAUGUCCGUCCACAGAUAUGCGCGAUCUCAGCACGUCAGCGACCAGACUUUCUCCCACUGUCUCACAGAUAUCCGUCCCUUGCUGCCUUGCUGGAGCAAGAACGAGGGACUCUCAGGCGAGUCUGUGGAAGAAUUCCGAUCAAAUCUCCGGACAGAAAAGAUGUAUUAAUUGUGGGAAUUUCUACGGGAAGAUGGUUGGAGGUUCUGGGAAGUAGGAGGUUCUGGGAAGAGGUUCUGAGAUUUGGAGGUUCUGAGAAGCUAAAAUUUCUGAGCUGAUGUUCUGAAUAGAGGUUCUGGUUUGAGGGUGUUUAGAGUUUCUUGAAGACAGUGUGGUGCCUGAGGUUCUGAAGAUUCUGGACUGAACUCAGGUUCUUGGAGAAAUAACCCGGUCUGAAAGCUAAAUGAGAUAUGAAAAACUAGACUAAAAAAAAAUUGAAAACUAAACUGAAUUGGAUGGCUCUGAUACCAUGUUGAAAUAUAAAUUAGAAUAAUAUUUAAGAUGGAGAGAAUGAUUUUCUGUGUAUUUCAUUGAAGGGUAAAGCCCUAUAAAUAUAGAUUACAAAGAUAGAAUAUUCCUAUAAAAGAUGCUAUAUAAUAAUACUAUAUAUGGUAUAUUCCUAAUAUAUUCUAAAGCAUAUUCUAAAGUAUAUUCUAAUAUACUUUCACAACUUGGAACCGUGUCUAUGUAGCUAAGACCCCUAAAAGCUAUCCGAGCUAAAUUACAUUGCAAAACAUUCAAUGUGAAAUAUGAUUUCUUUCAUAUCUCAGAAGAACAGAUAUCAGAAUGUGUUUCUCUGACAAAACACAGAUCUAGAUAUAACUAUUCUAUGAUAGCUUAAUAAGUGGUGUUACUCAUUUACAAGAUAACGCAAAAAUAACAUUAAACAACCCCUAUCAUCAUUCAGCUGUUGCUAUUAUUUUCCUUAUGGUGGGCCCAUUACCUUCUGGGUGAAAUUGCCACAACAUGAGAACUCCUCACUGAUGGAUGCUUGCAUAUUUUGAAACCAUCCAUUAUUUAUUUUGUAAAAAUUAGAAUGAUUACAUUUGCAAAUCACUCCCUUCAAUUUUUGAGGCUUACAAAUACACCAAUACAUAUGAUCUAUACGGAGUAUUUUCUAAGACUGUCAUGCCCUCAUAUUCGUAUCCGUGUGUCUGCAUAUUUGUGCUACACAGUACACGGAUAUGAAGUUGUGCACAACAGUUGUCAUAAAAGUUUACCUACUACUAUUGAAGUGUAGAUAUUAGAACUCUCUUUUCUAUUAUGUCUCGGCAUUUCGCUUCUAGGUUCUUCAAACUUUCAAUAGCUUGCUGCCACCAAAUAUUGAAGUCCUGAAGAUUGCUGCUAUUAUACUUGGAUUUUUGGUACAGAUAUUCUCAGUUGCUACAACCGUAUCUCUAAUUCGUAAUAUGGCUCUUCCUAAGAGAGCUUCUUGAUGGCUGGAUGAACUAAAAAUAGUUGAACAUUGAUUAAUUGAGGCAUCUUAUCAAUAUGCCUGGAAGCAGAUAUUUCUCAUACACAGAACAGAUGAGAAUAUAAGAAGGGCAUCUAAUUUUCACCGAGUUGUAACUUAUAAUCCACUGAAUAAUAAAUUUUGCAGUUUUGCUUUGAACAGUGAACGAUGCUGCUUUAUAUAUCUUAUCUUACAUUGCUCUUUGUCCAUUUAUAUGACUUAUAUUUUGGGUGUGCAAGGUUUGAGUGUUUGACCUCUCUUCUUACAUAUUUGCUACAUUUCCAGUGAGCAAUGUUGCACACAUUGGUUGGCUGAUUCCAUGUUACACGUGGAUUGUUGACAUAAGAAUAAAUUCUAUUUUUGAUCUCGCGAGUUUUAUACAAAUCCUAUUUUGUGGUUUGCCACGUUUUUUGUCUACAUUUAAUCCUAUCUAUAUUUUAGGUGCUUAAAUCUCGCCAGCGAGGUGCUAGAAAUUUUGCCUGAAGGACAUUGAACGGCAAAUGUGGAAUUGGCAGUACAAAAAUUAUCAAAAUCAAGGACUUGGAACUUAGCAUAAACUCAGUCUGGUCCCAGAUCGAGACCGGCCGAUCCCGGUUUCGGACAAUUUUUUCCAAAUUGCCCAAUAAUUUAAUAUAAAAAAAGGACUAAAAAAUAAAUGUAUUUGUACUUCAAAAAAUUAAUUGAUUUGUACAUUUAAAGAAACAUUACUUUAAAUUUGAAAAACAUUACAAAAUACUUCAGAUUUGGAGUAUACAUAAUACAUAUAAUUAUUUGUAUAAAAAAGUAAUUGCUAAAAAGAAGUGUAGAACAACACAAAAUAUUUAGAAUUUCCGUACUCUUCCGAGUUCUCCGCACCCCUCACCCCCAAAACAGUCAUGGGGUUGAACUAGUCAUUUUUGGUCAGUAGAUACUUUUCAAACUAGUCUUAUGUUAUUUUUAUCUUCUAUCUUUUUAUGCUCUAUUGUUUUUUAAUCUUUUACCUUUCUUAUAUUCAUAUGUUAUGUUAUCUUAUAUUUAUCUUUACCUUAUUGAUUUUAUCUUUUUUUUCCGGGAAAACUAUCAAAUAAGCCCCUUUACUUUUCAAAAAAAUCAAUUAAACCCCUUAACUAAAAAUUGGCUCAAUCAAACCCUCAAACUCUUUAAAAAAUGGCAAAUCUUCUUUUUGACCUGUAAUGAAUCGAGUUAACCGGCUAGUGGCUAUUUUUUCAUUUUCCCAAUUCCUUUUUCUUUCUUUUCUUUUGCUUUUUGCUUCCUUCCGAUUUCCCCCGUUCGGUCUCUGAUAGGCCUGGACUCGGGCCGGGCGGCCCGACCCGGAACCGGCCCGGCCCGGCCACUGUAGCAACCGGCCCGGCCCGGUGGCCCGGUCCACCGGCGGUUCGGGUCGAACCGGCCCGGUGGUUCCCGGUUCCGGGCCCGGGCCUUCCAAAUGGUGAACCGGCCCGGCCGGUUCGGGCCCGGUCCGGGCCGGAUUUUAAUUUUUUUUUUUUUUUUUUGAAAUUUUUUUAAAGUUUUGGGUUGGAAUAGGUAUUUUGGGCCAUUUGAGGUGGUUUGGGGUGGUUUGGGGUUGAGGGGGAGGGGUAGGGGAUCAAAUAGGAGAACAAAAAAAAAAAAAAAUUAAGUGGGCCGGUUCGGCCCGGCCCGGCCCGGCCCGGUUUGGCCCGGAACCGGGACCGGAACCGGCCACCGGCGGUUCGGGCCCGGGCCUCCCAUUUCCUGGCCCGAGGCCCGGCCGGGCCCAGGCCCGAACCGGCCCGAGUCCAGGUCUAGUCUCUGAGUCUCUCCCAGCUUCUAGCAGACCAGAGGGAUACAUCCUCGUGCGUAACCAACUAAUGGAUGCACCGUCUUGGCUGAGCAGAUGGACGCAUCAUCGUGACUGACCAGCAGGAGUCUUCAUCGUCGAUGAUAUCUCGCUGGCCCAUCCCCAGUGACGUGCUCUCACCUCCAAGCUGUCAAGCAGCGCCUUUGCAUAUGCAAUUCGGACCCCUGGAAAAUUGUCAGCCGCCACCGAUGUUGGAAUCUCGAAUUGAAUCUGGGUCUCCAAGCUUCGCCUAUCGAAAACCCAAGUUAAAUCCAGGGUUAGAAAUUAUUUCAAUUGAUCAUUUGGCUUGCGUUGGGGAAGUUCUGGGCGAAGUUGGGUUGCAGCGUGGUUGGUCAAAACAGGAAGCUGCAACGUCGGGUUGGGAAUUCAAGCCAGAAGAAACCCAAGUUUCAAUCCAAGGGAAGAAGAAAAUAAAGAGGGAAGAAAGAGGGAAGAAAGAGGGAAGGAAAGAAAAAAUGUAAAAAGAAAACAAAGAAAAGGAAAAUUAUGGCAGCUAGUAGAGAACUAGGGAAGGAGAAGGGAACGUGUAAGGAACUAAGGAAGAAAGUGACAGGAAACAAAGAAAGUUGGAACCGGGGGUGGAAGGAGAAGGGGGCGAAGAAGAAGGAAAUAGAGAAAAGAAAAAAAGAAAAAAAGGAAUCUAAUUGAUACCGGCUAAUAUGAUCAUUACCGGCUAUAUGGAAGAAUUGACAUUUUUAAUGAGUUUGAGGGUUUAAUUGGAAGAAUUUUCAGUUGGGGGUUCUAAUUGAUUUUUUUGAAAAGUAGAGGGGCUUAUUUGAUAGUUUUCCCUUUUUUUCCUUGUCUUUCUUCUCUUUUAGCACUGAUAUCAUGAAUAGAUUCAUGUUAGCCGAUCCCAAAUCUUUUGGGACUAAGCAGGGGCGGAGGCAGGGGACAGGGUGGUCAGCAGCCCCCCCCCCCCCCCCCCGAAAGUUUGACAGUUUAUAGCUCUGUAAUACCUUCGAUUUGAUAUAUU